UUGUCGUCAAUAAAACCCGAAGUGACAAAUAGUUCUUCUACAAACGUCGCAAAUAGGACAGGAAACACAGACAGUCCGUUCUCAAAUACCAGUUUAGGAUAUACAGUUCAACCAAAUAACAACAGAACGGAAGUAAUAAUACCUUCAAAAGACGACAUUGUUAAAAAGACAACAAUACCAGUUGUAGAUGGUAACAGAACCAUAGAAGCAGAAUCAACAACACAUAGAAGUCUCAAAACAACAACGACAACUGAACCAGCCACCGUUUGUCCUCCCCAAAACGGGAAAUUUCCAGUUUUUCUCCCUCAUACAGAAAACUGCUCGCUGUACUAUGUUUGUGACAAUGGAUUACCAAAGUUAAUGCGUUGCACAGCACCCCUUCACUUCAACCGACAACUUAACGUAUGUGACUAUGAGUGGAGAGCUGGCUGUUCUAAAAAUAGUCUCAACACAACAACAACAACUGAACCAGCCACCGUUUGUCCUCCCCAAAACGGGAAAUUUCCAGUUUUUCUCCCUCAUACAGAAAACUGCUCGCUGUACUAUGUUUGUGACAAUGGAUUACCAAAGCUAAUGCGUUGCCCCUCACCCCUUCACUUCAACCGACAACUUAACGUAUGUGACUAUGAGUGGAGAGCUGGCUGUUCUAAAAAUGAUCAUUUGUCGUCAAUAAAACCCGAAGUGACAAAUAGUUCUUCUACAAACGUCGCAGAUAGGACAGGAUACACAGACAGUCCAUUCUCAAAUACCAGUUUAGGAUAUACAGUUCAACCAAAUAACAACAGAACGGAAGUAAUAAUAUCUUCCAAAGACGACAUUGUUAAUAACACAACAAUAUCAGUUAUAGAUGGUAACAGAACCAUAGAAGCAGAAUCAACAACACAUAGAAGUCUCAAAACAACAACAACUGAACCAGCCACCGUUUGUCCUCCCAAAAACGGGAAAUUUCCAGUUUUUCUCCCUCAUACAGAAAACUGCUCGCUGUACUAUGUUUGUGACAAUGGAUUACCAAAGCUAAUGCGUUGCCCAGCACCACUUCACUUCAACCGACAACUUAACGUAUGUGACUAUGAGUGGAGAGCUGGUUGUUUUACGAAUG